AUGAAAAGAAAUCGUCGUUUUCCAUUUGAACGAACAGAUGAAAAAAUUUCCUUAGAAGAUUUUUCUACAGCGGAACAACAGUUAUAUCCAAUAAUUCGACAAUAUGCAUCAAUAUGUCGACAUACAAAUAAUGUUAAAACACGAUAUAUACAACAAAAUAUUGUAGAUAAUAGUAAUAAUGAAAAUUCUCAAUUGAAUGAAUUUAUUAAUUAUAUUAAACAAGAACGUGAUAAUAAUAAUGUAGAUAUAAAUAAUUUUUCUACUUUACGUGAACAUAAUAUUCAACAUUGGAAACAUAUUAAAUCAGAAUGGCAAAAAUAUUAUCAGAAUGAAAUUAAAAAACAUCAAGAAAUAUUUAAUAAUCUUAUAAAAACUUCUUAG